AUUAAAUGAUUAGGAAUUAUUAUUAACUGUUAACCCACUUCUGGGCCAAACUCGAAUGGUAAGGUCGCUUUUACAGACGCUGACCAAUUCGAUUGCCAAAAUGAAUGACAUAACUGAGGCAAGGUUGAAGUGUACAAAAUGUCUGUAUCGGGCCCUAUAUAAUUAGUAAAGACAACGCACAAAUACAAUGGAUAACCCGUGUAAUGUACAAUUUGAUGCGUGAUAUAUUUUGACUAUGUUACAUAACCACAGGGACCGGUAAAUACUGAUAGCUAAAAGAGGUUUCGCCAGAGCAUCGACUAUCAUGUUUAUUUGGAACUGUCGUUUGUUAUGACUUCUCUUGCAAAUGUGUCACCGACCUCUGACCCCACACAUUCUUCCUCAAAUUCGUGCUGUUUAUUUAUUGCCAUUCGUGUUGCUGUUUUUGAGUGAGGACAGACUGACAGAAGGAAGUUCCUAGCAGCUACGUCCAGGGCACAAAGUUUACUGGUUGAGGAAGAAAAUUCUGUAGUUGCUGAAUUAGCAAGUAAUAUUAAUAUGAAUAAUUCAUACCAGGCUAGACCUGGCACAGUCCACAAAGAUCGGAUUAUUUCAAAUUUUCCGAAAUGUUUCCACAAUGAUGCCGUGAUUGAUAAUAAGCAGGAUUAUGAUCCCAGGACAUUGGAAAUAUGUAGGUCACGCCAACCUGUGAGUAUUGGGCUGAAGAUUUGCAAAAUGAUUGUGAUAGGAGAUGUUGGUGUUGGUAAAACUUCAUUGGUGACAAGAUUUUGCAAAGCUGCUUUUGAUAAAGACUACAAAGCGACAAUUGGUGUUGAUUUUGAAGUAGAACGAUUCGAAAUUCUAGGAUGUCCGUUCACAUUACAAAUGUGGGACACUGCUGGUCAAGAGAGAUUUCAAUGUAUAGCAGCUGCAUAUUAUCGUGGAGCUCAUGUUGUAUCAAUCGUAUUUGAUCUAUCAGAUAUACAAAGUUUAAAAAAUGCAAAAGUGUGGUUGCAAUCUGCAAUGAAAGAAAAUCAAGGACAAACUGACAUCAAAGUUUUUCUUGUCGGAACUAAAAGAGAUCUUGUGUCAGACAGCGCAUACAAAGCUAUUGAACUAGAAGCAGUACAGAUGGCAAAACAAUUGGGAGCGGAAUUUUGGUCUACUUCAGCACUUUCUGGUGAUAAUGUGAAGAAAUUUUUCUUCCGAGUUGCUGCACUUGCUUUUGAAAACAGUGUUUUAAAAGAAUCUGAACAUCGUAAAAAUGCUUCAAAACUGGGAGAUGGUGAUCUAGUGCGUGUCAAGCAAGAAGAUACGAAAACACCUUCUAAAUCAACAACGUGUUGUAAAACUUGAAAUUGAUAUUUUUUUUCGCAAAACUAUAAUACAACUAAUUUUAAUAUGGUACAUAUGUUCUGUCACUCGUUCUGUAUUCGAUACUGUGUGUUGUCGUGGUGGCCAAAUAUUUUAAUAUCAACGAAUUAUAAUAUUUUUCAGACAUUUUUCUCUAAGAAUUCUGAACUAACAGAACUAUGGGUUUUAGUCGAGAUGUUCCACUGACUUUUGGAUAGACUAAAGAAUUCCCGAAAAGUUUAAAAUCAGUUUUACUCUGGGUUUUUGAGCCAAAUUGUGAUAUACCAAUACACAGUCAUAUUUUCUGAUGUGAAUUUGACAUUAAACAUGACUCCACUUUGAAAUGGGCCUGUAGUGUUUAUUUAUAAUGCAUAUAUGAAGCAAGCAUGCAAAUUAUAAAAGUUAUUAUAUAAUUUUGAUUAUUUCAUAUAUGAUUUGAAUUUAAUGCAGUCCCUCUAUCAAGAAAUGUGCCUACACCUUUACAUAUAAUAUAUGAAUAAUUGUCGUCCUUGUCUAACCUUGCCGAAUCAAUAACUUUGGUACAAUUCAGAUUUCAUAUGAUAUAUAUUUAGUUUUGAUGAUAUUUUUAUCAGCACGCAUGCAAUACUGUACUGUAUAGCACAUUCAUAUUGUCACUCUUCUUUUUAAUUGACAUAUUUUUGUUUCAUGAUUUUGGUGCGUUUUUUAUUAGUUCCAUUUUCUAUCUACCAAUUUUGGUGGCUUUUUGAUUUCUUUUAUGCUUAUCGCUUGUUGCUAUUUAGUUAGGCAAGAUCAGUCAAGUAUUCUUAAAAAAUUUGUUAGCUGCUUUGCGGAUGUUCCUAUCCAUAACCUAUAUAUAGGUUAUGAAAAGUGAUUUUUUUUCUUCAAUGCAUAAAUAGUACUAAACUUUAGCCUAUUUUGCACAAUAACUAGCAAUACAGCCAUUUUAUUAAUACUGGGAUUUUUCCUGAAUAUGCUUUAUCUGCAAAUUUAAAAAUAUAAAAACUAUUUAUUUAGUUAUUUCGGACUACAUCUACAUUAACCCACAAUCUUCUGUAGUCAUUUCAUGGAACUGAUGCAUGCUAUUCUUCUCGCUUCUGUAAUAGUAACAUCUACUAAGCAUUGUGAACACAUUUUUUUUUCCCACUGUUAAUUUUUAACUCUUUCUCUCUUAAAUAGUACUGAUUCUGAGCAUAUUACUUUUUCAAACGAUUAAUACUUUUUAUUGAUUAAACUAUAAAAGCUACUACAGUUCUAGUAAUUAUGAUAUGGUGUUGUAUAUUCGCUUUUUUCAUAUUUAUGUUAAUAAUUAUUAUGUUACUGGG